UUGCUAAACGUGAGGCAGAAGCACGUAUCAAGCAAAAUGUUGUUCGCGUUCAAAACAAAGCUCACAUAGCACAACUUCACCGACUGCGGAGUCUACCUUCUAGGAUGUGUCCAGCGAUUCCUCGAGACCCGUCGUAUAUUUGUUAGCCGCGCACUAUUACGCGAGAUGGAUUCAGAAAUCGACUGGCUGGCGACACUUUCGAAUUGGGCAUUGACAGGGGCUCCCAAAAACCCUUCCCACUCAGCCAGUCGGGGAAAUGUGCUGGCCUGUCCUGACAUACCGGGUAUGGUAAUAGAGGAAGGAAUGAACUUGACAAUACUCCUGGACUCGUUUGGCAAUUCACAUCCAAAGACUGGCCGAGCUCUGAAGGAGUACAUACUCCAAGAGGAAGGGCCUUGCCAAACGUGAAGCAGAAGCAUGUAUUGAGCAAAAGGUUGUUCUCGUUCAAAAUAAUCGUAUAUGGAUGCAGCAAAACU